AACAUUCUGACACAGUCACCUGUCUGUCUCUCUACAGGUCACAGUGAGACACAAUUUGAUUGGCCCAUCUACCUUCAGUCCACCGGCUCUCAUGCUGCCCCGCCCACACUGUUCACCCGUCGCACUGAAAGCUGUGGUUUCUCUGUGGGGAUGAGGUUGGAGGCGGUCGACAGGAAGAACCCUGGACUGGUCUGUGUCGCCUCUGUUGCUGAUGUCAUCGAUGACCAGCUUCGAGUUCAUUUUGACAACUGGGAUGACACAUAUGACUACUGGUGUGACAGCAGCAGUCCUUACAUCCAUCCUGUUGGCUGGUGUGAAGAACAGGGGCGCCCCCUGACUGCUCCACAUGGUCAUCCAAGUCCAGAGAACUUCCUGUGGGAGGACUACCUGCAGGAAACUGGUUCCACUGCUGCUCCCAGUUCAGCAUUCACACUGAGAGCCCCUCAUGGUUUCCAGGUGAACCACAGACUAGAAGCGGUCGACAGGAGGAACCCCAUGCUUAUCCGUGUUGCCACGGUAACAGAUACAGAAGACUUUAGGGUGAAGGUUCAUUAUGACGGCUGGUCGCAGCAGUUUGAUGUCUGGUGUGACAGCGACCUCAGUGACCUCCAUCCUGUCGGCUGGUGUCAACGCACAGGACACCCACUGGACACGCCCCCAGGUCAGACAGACAGGUCAGAGGGAGAGAGACAGGGUGUGUGUCCAACCCCAGGCUGCAGAGGCAUCGGACACAUCAAAGGGGCAAAAUACAACGGACACCACAGUGCCUUCGGCUGUCCGUACUCAGACAUUAACAUGCGUAAAGAGGUGGUACUUCCUGAUAGGUUGGGAGGAGAGCGAGUUGUCACUCUGGUUCCUUUCACACAAUUUCAACGUGGCAACCAUCCCGACAGUAUUCAGGUGAAGACGGAGAACGUUGACCUGCCGCUUCUGCCUCUGGGGAAAAGAAGAAUGACAGACAGAGUGUCUCAGCCAACCAAAUUCCUCCGUGUGAAACAGGAAGAGAAGCUUCACCCAGGAGCCCUCGGUCCAGCAGAGUCCAGUCUGCAGGCGACCCUCCACCAGUCUGUCUUCCUGUCGGCCAUGUCGGCUCAGCCUGGACGCGACCUGUCUCUCUGCUGGGAGCAACACCGCAAACUUCUGCCAGGGCUGACCGGAGUCCACGCAGAGACCGUCCAACAGUGGAGUGUCCUGCAGGUGUCAGACUUUGUGGAGUCUCUUCCUGGCUGUGAGGAUCAGGCAAAACUGUUCAGAGAUGAGCAAAUUGAUGGGCGAGCCUUCCUCCUCCUCACCCAAAGAGACAUCAUCAGGAUCAUGUCAAUCAAACUUGGUCCUGCCCUCAAAAUCUACAACUCCAUCCUUAUGUUCAAACAUGCUGAGGACAGGAACCAAUCACACACUGAGGACAGGAGCCAAUCACACACUGAGGACAGGAACCUAUCACACACUGAGGACAGGAACCAAUCACACAUUAAGAACAGGAACCAAUCACACACUGAGAACAGGAACCUAUCACACACUGAGGACAGGAACCUAUCACACACUGAGGACAGGAACCUAUCACACACUGAGGACAGGAACCAAUCACACACUGAGGACAGGAACCUAUCACACACUGAGGACAGGAACCUAUCACACACUGAGGACAGGAACCAAUCACACACUGAGGACAGGAACCAAUCAGACACUGAGGACAGGAACCAAUCACACACUGAGGACAGGAGCCAAUCACACACUGAGGACAGGAUCCAAUCACACACUGAGGACAGGAGCCAAUCACACACUGAGGACAGGAACCUAUCACACACUGAGGACAAGAGCCAAUCACACACUGAGGACAGGAACCAAUCACACACUGAGGACAGGAGCCAAUCACACACUGAGGACAGGAACCUAUCACACACUGAGGACAAGAGCCAAUCACACACUGAGGACAGGAACCAAUCACACACUGAGGACAGGAGCCAAUCACACACUGAGGACAGGAACCAAUCAAAUAUUCAGGACAAGAACCAAUCACAUGCUGAGGACAGGAACCUAUCACACACUGAGGACAGGAACCAAUCACACACUGAGGACAGGAACCUAUCAAAUAUUCAGGACAAGAACCAAUCAAAUAUUCAGGACAAGAACCAAUCACAUGCUGAAGACAGGAACCUAUCACACACUGAGGACAGGAACCUAUCACAUGCUGAGGACAAGACCCAAUCACAUGCUGAGGACAGGAACCUAUCACACACUGAGGACAGAAUCCAAUUACAUGUUGAGGACAGGGACAUGGACCAAUCAAAUGUUGCAAAUGUAACCCCUGGAAACUGCAAGUCAUGACUUGGCCAAUUAGAAAAAAUCUGAUUGAAGUCCCACAGUCUGUAGGAGGGUCUACAUUACCAGCCAAUCAUGGAAAAGAUUACUUUGUGAUAUCACAGUUUUUUAUCUCAGGUGUUUCUGUGGUCACAUUAUGUCAGGUAGGACGUUCUUCUUAAAGCUACAGACUAGGCCUCGCCUCUUUUUGCGGGCUGGACAAAAACCUGUACCAGUGUGAAAAGAAUCCUUGGAGCCUAAAGUACACACCUGCUGUGGUGAAAAUCACAAGACAGCUUUGAUUUUAUAUAAGCUAUGGAUGGAACAGAAACCACUAAACAGGACGAGACUCAUUGAGAACAGAGAGUAACCUCCAACAGGACCAGACUCAUUGAGAACAGACAGAAACCUCCAACAGGACUAGACUCAUUGAGAACAGACAAAAACCUCCAACAGGACUAGACUCUUAGAGAACAGGCAGAAACCUGGAUCAGAACCAGACUCAUGAUGAACAGGCAGAAACCUGGAUCAGAACCAGACUCAUGAUGAACAGACAGAAACCUGGAUCAGAACCAGGCUCAUGAUGAACAGACAGAAACCUCCAAAAAGAUCAGAUGCGUGGAGAACAGACCUCUGUUGAGACUGGAUGGUCAUUUUUACAAAUAUUUGCUUUCAUUUGCCUUAAAAAAAAUAAAUCAGAGAAAAUAACAUUUCAGAGAGGAAGAGUUUCUCAGGGUUCAGAGACACUGUUUGUGUUUCAGAUCAACAACAAAGAAGAAAAUGAAAAAAAACAAAGAUUGAAGAAAACAAAUAAACAAUAGAUUGAAUGCACUGAAGACAAUCUUUUGUUAUUGUUAUAAAAUCCUCCUCUGGUGUAUUUUUGGAAAUUGUUCAUAAUAUCAACCUCUAAAUUCAUAUUGUCAUUUAUGUAAGAGCUCAUGAACAGGUGUUUAACAGUUGAUGACAUCUCACUGGCCCCGCCCUUUCGGUGAAGAUGAAGUCCUCUGUUCCUUAGGAUUUUCCCCUUCACAGUUUGUAUGCUCACCUCUUGUGAGAGACUCUCUGUCUGUUUGACAUCACAUAGCUACAUCAACCAAAGGCCCUGCCUCCUCUGCUGAGAUUGGUCACUUUAAAGAAAUAAAAAGACAUGUGGAACCGUUUUUAAAAUCUUUUCAAAAACUCUCUUGGAUUUCAAAAGUCUUUAUUUCUAGAGUUUAUAUUUUUAAUUUGUAUUGUUAUUUACUGUCUCUCAACCUAUUUCUAUCUGAAAGUUUAUAUUAAAUCUAAGUAUUUAUAUGAACACAUACACACUAUGAGUCAUAGUCAGAUCUGCAAGGGGCGCUCUGCUGCACAUUCUCAGACUGUUUCCAUCGUAACAGCUCCUGAAGUCACAUGUCUGCACUGCUUUCAUGUUUCAACAAUCUGCAGAUGUAUAUUUUCACUUCCUGUCAGUGUUUUACAGGAUUAAUAAAGUUUAUGUUCUGAUGUGA